AUGGGCUCGGACAAGGACACCAAGGUCGGAGCAACAAGCCCGCAACUUGAACCUACGACUGAGGUGGGCUCAAUUCGGGAGUACAAGUCCCUUCACGUCGAUGGCCUCGACCCCGUCUUUGAGAAUCAGGCACGGCUAGUCAACCAUGCCGUCCAAGCCAUUGGAAUGGGCAAGUACCAAUGGGCUCUGUUCGUCCUCUGCGGUUAUGGAUGGCUUUGCGACCAGCUCUGGCAAACAACAGUGUCCGAUGCACUCGCCCAAGUCGCCGUCGAGUUCACUCCGAAGCAUUCAGCUUUCCUGUCUCUAGCCUUGACAGCAGGCCUCGUUGUCGGCGCUUCGUUCUGGGGGUUGGGAGCCGACCUCAUCGGACGACGGCUGGCUUUCAACUUGACGCUGCUGAUUGCAGGAGUAUUCGGCACGGCCGCCGGUGCCGCCCCCAAUUUCGUGAGCUGUGCCGUUCUCGUCUCGCUCUGUGGCUUCGGCAUCGGAGGCAACCUGCCCGUCGACAGUGCCGUGUUUCUGGAAUUUCUACCCGGAACGCACCAAUAUCUACUCGAGAUCCUCGCGGUGUGGUGGUCUUUCGGGCAGAUGAUCCCGGCCGGAGCCGCGUGGGGGUUCUUGCCUCGCUACUCGUGCAGUGCCGACACUCCGGCGGGACAGUGCAAGAAGGCGGACAACAUGGGCUGGCGGUACCUCAUGUACUCGAUGGGGGCGAUCACGCUUGCGGCCUUCUUCGCGCGCUUCCUCCUGUUCCGGCUGCGCGAAAGCCCUCGCUACCUGAUCGGCCAAGGGCGGUACCAGGAAGCCAUCGACGUCCUGAACGACGUGGCCAGGUACAACGGCACGACGCAGCCCCUGCGGGUCGAAGACCUGGAGCAGGUCGAGCGGGAUUUUGCAGAAAGCCACGGCGUCGCCCCGGCCAGCAACAACAGAAGCAAGACGGCCGCCAUCAAGAGGACGCUCGCGCAGUUCCGGCCGGGCGGGUUCAAGCACGUGCGCGCGCUGUUCUCGACCGGGAAACUCGCCCUCAGCAUGUGCCUGAUCGUGCUCGUCUGGGGCAUGAUCGGGCUGGCGUCUCCGCUCUACAGCAACUUUCUGCCCGAGUACCUCGCCGCCCACGGGGCGCAGAGCGGGUCCGGCAGCAUCAACGUCACGUACCGCAACAACUUCAUCAUCAUCGCCUGCUCGAUCCCCGGCACCCUGCUCGCGGGGUGGCUCAUCGGCCUGCCGUACGUCGGGCGGCGGGGCACCCUGGGCCUGUCGCUGAUCCUGACCUCGGUCUUCCUGUUCGCCUUCACCGCCGCCCGGACCCAGGCCCAGAUCCUCGCCUUCAACUCGGUCUCCAGUUUCGUGCAGUACAUCAUGUGGGGCGCGCUGUACUGCUACACCCCCGAGGUCAUCCCCAGCAUCCACCGGGGCACCGGCACCGGGAUCGCCGCCGCCUUCAACAGGAUCUGCGGUCUGAUGGCCCCCAUCAUCGCAACCUACGUCGGCUACACGAACACGCCCAUCUUUGUGUCCGCGAGUCUGUACAUCGUCGCCGGGCUGUUGAGUUUUUGUUUUCCUUACGAGACGAGCGGGAAGGCAAGUUUGUAA